AUGGCGGCAACGGCAGAGGAUAGAAUAAGCAGUUUAUCAGAUGAUAUCCUUCACCGCAUUCUCUCUUUCAAUACCACCAAAGAUGCAGUUACUGCAUCCACUCUUUCAAAGAGAUGGGUUGAUCUAUGGCACACUAUUCCUUUUCUCAACUUCACCAACAACAAAUUGUUACACAACAGCGAAUCCAUUCUCCGCUUCAACCUGUUCGUCUGCUCCGUCUUACUUUCUCGAAGCACCGUCGGGGGUUCCAUCAACAGUUUCCACUUAGACGUUAGAUAUGAUAACCGUAAACAUCUCGACUCUCUUAUCACUCCUAAUCUCAACAUAUGGCUUAAACUUAUUGUUAAACGCCAACUUAACCAUCUCAAUCUUCAUCUCAGUUUCAAUGAUGUUUAUGAUGAGAACUCCAUUUUUUAUGUACGUCCCAAAUUGCCCAAUAGUAUCUUUAGCUGUAAAACCCUGGUUGUUCUAAAUCUUAGUUGUUUCGACGUAAAGGGAUUUUCUUUUUCUAAUAUUGAAUUUGGAUUUCCAUCACUUAAAACCCUUCAUUUGACAAACAUCUCUUUCAAUGAUGAUGAAAAUUUUAUGUUGCUUCUCGCCGGAUGUUCAGUUCUUGAAGAUUUAAAGGUAUGCAAGGUAUUCUUCGACGUGCAGAAGGAGGUGGAGGAGUGUCAAAUGGCUGAAAGCUUAAGUUUAAGCAAGUUGAUUAGAGCAGAUAUUACUUACUUUUGGAGUGAAUUUCCGAUUAAAGCACUUUUUAAUUCCAAGUUUUUGAGAAUGCAAAAACAGCUGUAUUAUUAUUAUGAACUUCCCAUCUUUCAUAAUUUGACUCACUUGGUGAUCAUUGAUCAACAAUGUUUCUGA